AUGUCGUCAGAUGAAGAGAGCGUUGAGGACGAAGGAGUCCCCUAUUUAGGAGAAUAUGAAGGUGAUCGAAAUGAAGAAGAGGAAAGACAUGGAAAAGGAAAAGCUAAGCUGCCUAAUGGCGAUGUAUAUGAAGGAGAAUAUUCACAUGGCAAGAGACACGGCCAGGGAACAUACAAGCUUAAAACUUAUCAUCUUCGUUAUUCUAUUUGCAAUGUAUUCUGGGUUCCUCCUUCCAAUUCUUAUCAAGACCAUCAUUCCAUAAAAGUUUACAAGCAGUAUAAAGCUAUUGUUGAUGCAGACACAGGUCAAGUAUGUGCAGACUUUCUUGAUGAUUUGAAUCGCUGGAAAGAGUUUUAUUCAAUUUCUUAUAUGCUACUCAGUAUCCAGAUGCUGCUACCAAAUCCAGUUCUUGAGGAUGCUGUAAAUCCUAGUGCUGCCAGAAUUUUUGCUUCCUCACCCAGUGGUUUCAGACAGACUGUGCUGGACUGUGUUCUUGCCAGUAAGAGAAUUGAAGCUGGCCUCAAACCUCACACGGCCGAGGAAGUGGACCUGACUCGAAUGUCCCGUAAAGAUCCCGAGCCACCCGCGAGAACUCCUGACGAGAGAAAAAAGAGCUCGAAAAUCGGGAAAGUUUCGUUUGAUGACUAUCAUGCAAUGUGGAGUGGUAUAGCUACAACUAAACCAGUUUUGAGUUCAAAUAAUCCGCUAAGUGAGGUUCUUAAGGCCGAUUCCAAUCUGCAAGCCACACACUUUGGACUGCCGCAACAGGAAUUACACGAGGAGAUUCACAAACAAUUGACAGAGCAUAACGCCAUAAUGUACGGAAACUUUGAUACUGGGCGAGAUGGUCGGGACUUAACGGAACUGAAGACCACUAGGAUUCAGUUACUGAAACAGAUUUACCUUCCUAAACAGCAAGGAGGUCUUUCCGGCACUGAGACUCCUUUAUCCAGAACUCAGACCUAUGCUCCUUCACCGGCGGAAACAAAUGCGAGAGACCUGGAACCUCAUGACCAGGAAGUCGAGGAUCUGUUAGCUUGGACUAAUACGUUGCCUUAGCAACUUCAGAGUGGAUACGACGAAGUAUGCGAAGCGGCAGCCGCGUCCCAGUUGGCGCCAAAACCGACGUGUUCAAUUACCUGUUCUUACUGAACACUGGUGGACCAAACUAGUUACGCGUGAACAUAUGUAAAUGAAGACACUCAAAGGGGUGGGUUACUACAUACAACAAUUGUCAAACGCUUCACUGUCUCAAAAAUAAAAUACAACGAAAGUAAGAGC